CAAUUCAGCACUUGAUCUUACCUUCUCUAGCUCUACGAUACUACCUUGAGACAGUCAUCAACCGAGUUUUCUGGCCAAGCGUUACGGUGGUGUCAUUGCUUAAUUCAAGCUCCCUACUUAGUCCUGCCGGCAACACCCUGGGGUUGUCGCGAACAACAUUUUUCUUCACGACAGGACCUCUUUCCUAUGCCCGUCAUCAUCGCAAAUCCACUUCAUCCUCCGACAAGGACAUCUGCAUCGAAAACCGCUUCCCCAAAAAGCUUCCGUCUAUCACCCAUUGAUCGGCGGAUCAGCAUUAGCUUCGCCUUGUAUCUUUUCAGGGGUGUCUUGUCUCUGGCUAUCCAGCCUCCAAUUCCGACUUAGACAGCAGGCAAUCGAGGUACACAACAAAAGGCGUCCCAGUCGCCCGCCUACUUUCGCACUGCCCAACAAGACACGAUGCAGUCUGUGCAGCGCCAAUUCACAAAGCUUCGAAGCAAAGGCCCCGGUAACAAUGCUGCGGUCUCUGUUUUACUGAAGGAGUACGAAGACGCGGACCAGCUCCUCGCAAGGCUCCUCGAAAACUCCAGAGCUUGGAAGGAUGCCUGGGCCUCAAUCGUCCACCACCAACUGCAGUUUGUCGUUGAGCUCGAAGGCCUCUACGACCCGAUUGUUGGCGCCUCCGACGGCCAUGGACGCGAAUCAGUUCCUACACCCCGGCUACAACUCGAGCGGACAUACAGGUUGAAACAGGCCUUUGGCGAACUCAAGUCGGAGUUAGCAGAGGAAAUCGGCACGAUUGAAGACCGGGUGAUUCGACCGGCUGUGGAAGCACGGGAUUGUAUCGCCCCAAUUCGCAAAACCAUCAAGAAACGAGAGAACAAGAGACUGGAUUACGAAAGGGCCCAGGACAAAGUCAGCAAGCUUCACAAAAAGCACACAAGGACUCCAAAGGAGGAAGCUUCGUUGGCCAAGGCCGAGGUGGAGAUGGCCCAGGCAGGUGAUGAGUUCGCCAUCGCAGACGAACACCUCCAGUCGACCCUGCCCCCCAUCAUAAACGCUUCUUUCAGCCUGGUACCUUCUCUGCUUGCAGCCUUGGUUCUCAUCCAGAAUCGCCUCCUGGGGCUAUACUAUACGACCAUUCACGGCUACUGCAUGGAGUCUGGGUUCCCCUCGCCUCCGCCUCCCAUGUCCGAUGUGGUGGCGGCAUGGGAAGCUGCCUUCGUUCCCGCGCGGGAUGAUUUCGAGUCCGUCAGCAUCGUAGCCCGCGGCAAGGCUGCCCAUUCACCCAUGGCUCUACAGGCCCCUGAGGGCCCAGGCCGCCGGAUUUCCGCCAUAAUACCUGGGAGAAACGACAUGCGUCGCGUUACUUCACCAAUGCCGUCUACGUCCGGUGCGGCGUCAACCUACAGCAGCGGGGGCAGUCAACCCGGACGCAACAAUCUGCGUAUCCCUUCUGCAGGUGGUUACCCCUCCCGUGCCCCGUCACCCGCGGCAUCCGAUCGAUCUUCUUACGCCUCCAGCCCGCCGGCUUCCUCUUACUCUGGUUACUCUGGCAGCCAAAACCAACAAAGGAGACUCGAUUACCUAGCGCCUACCGACUUCACCGCGGCUACUGCCCUGGGCGACCGAGGCUCGGUAGACCGCGGCACGAUUGAGAACAACAGGCCCUUUCCGAGGUCUCCUUCGACGACUACUCCGUCGAUCAACAGGGCCCAUAGCCCCCAGGCUACUCGGAAUGCUGGCAGUGCAAAUGGGAACGGAAACGGAAAUGGAAACGAUUACUUUGCUCUUGCGGUAGCCAAGAAGCGACCCCCUCCACCACCGCCGCCAAAACGGAUCACAAGCCAGCAGCAACUGGUUGAGUACGUGGUUGCGCAGUAUGCGUUUGCGGGGCAGGGCGCAGGAGAUCUUGCGUUUAACGAGGGCGACAAGAUCAAGAUUAUCAAGAAGACGAAUACUGAUCAGGAUUGGUGGGUUGGGGAGUUGAAUGGGAGGAGGGGCAAUUUUCCGGCGAAUUAUUGUAAGCCGGUGUGAUUUUGUUUGUUGUUUAUUUACUGCGAAGCUGGGUCAUCCGGACCGUGAGCGAAGAGUGUUUGGUUUGAAAGCGAAUACAAGGGGGUAUUAACUGCCAACAUGAGAAAUUGAGGGAGGUUCGCCGAAGCAUGAGUGAUCGAGAUAUUAUCUGUAUGAACUUGUAAACUAAAAUAGGUGUUUAUGAGGGAAACGAGCUGUAAGGGAAACGGGACUACGCGCUGACGUUUGCAAAG